GGACCAGCAGCAGCAGCCUCUUGCCCGGCGCCCGCUUGGGCAGCCUGGCACUGGCAACGCUUGCGCUUGCAGCGUGCGCCGUCUCUGCGCGUGGGUCGCCUGCAAGCUCCUUGCUGUUUGACCCAAUGUGUGCACCUAGGCUAUGAACCCAACAAGCCAAAAAUGUUUGCCUGUAAGCACCGCGGCCUGGUCACAAAUUACACAGCUGCUUUUCCUCCACUGCUACCGCUACCGCUGCUGCUGCCCUGCGCCGCAGAGACGUCAGCUGGCGGUGCCACGGCGCCGUCCCGCCCAGUGACGCUCAACUGGAUGUUCUACGACGCGCCGAAGGUCAUCACCCUGCCCUGCAACUCCACACUGCUGCUGACGUGGGGCGGCGACGAGCCGCACAACGUGGUGCAAGUGCCCGCGGUUGGCACCCACUGCAGCAGCGGCAACAUGCUGCUGACCGUGAAGAUCCAGGGCUGCCGGCCCUGAGGAGUGAGGGGCGGCGCACUGCUGGUGGUCUGGGGUGCUCCGUGCUGCUGGACAGAUGGAGGUUGUCGCAGCUUGUUGCUGUUGAUGCUGGCGCAAUGUUGCGGCAAUGGCACACGCACUGCG